AUGGGAAGGAGCCCUUGUUGUCAUAAAGAGGGACUAAAUAAGGGGGCUUGGACAGCUGAUGAAGACAAAUUGCUCUCAGAUUACAUCAAAUCCCGUGGAGGAGGAAAAUGGGGAAAAGUUCCCAAAGAAACAGGAAUUAAGAGAUGUUGGAAGAGCUGUAGGCUUCGUUGGUUGAAUUAUCUGAGACCUGAUAUCAAGAGAGGCAACAUCACACAUGAUGAAGAAGACCUCAUCAUCAGACUCCACAAACUCUUAGGCAACAGAUGGUCUCUCAUAGCAGGGAGACUUCCAGGGCGAACAGACAAUGAAAUCAAGAAUUAUUGGAACACCAUUUUGGCUAAACGGCAGCAAAACAAUGAGAAAAGCUCAAUAGCCAGAGUAGUCGAUGAAGCCUGCAGAAACCCAGAUAUGGGUUAUCAGCAUCAAUAG